AUGACUGAUCUGUUGGCCCACGUAGUGGAACACCAGGGCCAACAUCUCGUGCAUCAACCUGGAAACCCUGGCAAUCAUAUAGAGGGUGAGGACAGAGCCCUCGAAAGAUUUCAAAAGUUCUCCCUAUCAAAAUUCCUGGGAGGACCAGAUCCAGAUGUGGCUGAAAGGUGGUUGGAGAAUAUGAUAGAUAUAUUUGCGGCUUUACACUAUUCGGAGGAGAGACAGGUUACUUUUGCUGUCUUCCAGCUGGAGGGGGCCGCUUGUUCUUGGUUGAACGUUAUUCGAAUAAAAUGGAAAAGAGAGCUAACGCCAAGGACGUGGAUAAACUUCAUGAGGGAGUUUAACGCUAAGUAUUUUUCGCCCUUAGUUCAGGAAAAGAAGGAGGACGAGUUCAUUAGGCUCCGUCAGGGAACUCAAACUGCGGCCGACUAA